AUGUUGAAAUCUAUCUUAAGAAAAAUUCUUGGAAAGGCCUCCUUACAAUUUGAAGAACUGUACACUGUACUAUGUUUUGCUGAGGGCAUUAUAAAUUCAAGACCUUUGACAUACUUAAGUGAAGACAAUGAGGACCUUAUAGCAUUAACACCUGCUAUGUUUUUGCAAGAUGUAAAAGAAAUAGGAGUUCCAGAUAUAGAUCAAAUAGAUGCUAAGAGAAUGAAUAAAAGAUUCUUCUACAGGCAAAAAUUAUGUCAAGAUCUCAGAAAGCGUUUCAGAAUCGAAUAUCUUGGACAUCUUAGAGAAUUUUCAAAGAUUCGUAAUGAAUCUAAAAUUAAAGAAGGAGACAUUGUUCUCAUCGGUGAUAGUAACGUCAAGCGAAUAAAUUGGCCUUUGGGAAGAGUCAUCAAAUUAUAUCUUGGAAAAGACAAGAAAGUUCGUCUCGUGGAAGUCCAGACCAAAUCUGGGUCUUUACUACGUCCAAUCCAGAGACGUUUUCCUCUUGAGGUCAGCCAAAGUGAAAAAUCUGCUAUCCCAUGUCUCCCAAAGAGUGAUUCUCCGUCCACAACGAUGAUUCCUGAUGGCACACCUACCUCUAGUGACUCUCAUGCUGUUCCAGAUGUGAGACAACCAGGAAGAUCCCGUUAUGGCCGGCUUUUAAAGCCCAAUGUUCUCCUGGACUCAUUUGUUUGA